AUGGUAUUCACCAAAUCACUCAAGUCAGACCCUCUUGGCAUCGUGGAUACUCGACUGAUGAUGACGGACUCACCUACGGAGCGCUUCAUUUCACCUCUUUCUGCGCCGUUCACCGGGCUUGAUGGAACUGACGAAAGACAACCAGGCGGCCAGACAGAAGCAGAAGCAAGCCCAAAGCAAGCCCACCGAAUGCUCGAACUUCGCGAGCCGUUCCGUGGUUUCGGUUCCAGCCGAAAAUAUCCUCGAAUUGAGCUGGAUGUCGCUGUGGAUAAGUAUCACACUCUUGAUGGCCUCGCCGAGCCAUUGAACCCCCAGAACACACCUGCAUCAAAUAGCGAACGAGAGAGCGCGGAGGAAUAUACCGAGUCCCUUCGUUGCUACAAAAUGGAGAAUCUACGGACGAGUCCUGCACCUCAGACGGAUGAAUUCAAUUUCGAUUGCUUCCAAGAUUCGCCAGAGGCAAGCUUUGUUUGUGAAGACGAUGAAGGCGAAUCCCCCAAAUCCUCAAAGUUGCGACGCCUUUCCGUUGGCCGCCGACAGUGGAUCAAAUCCCCUGUUGCUGCCCUGUCUAAUCAUCAGCCAGGCAUAAACACUGGCAACUUCAACAAAUCUGGUGAUCCUGAUUCACUGCUGCGAUGCGUUCGCUUUUCUCCUCCAGCCUCUCUGUCCCCGCCUUCUCGUGCGAUACGCCGUCCGCUACCUUCGAUUGAAAGAAGACAGGAUUAUGUUGCUUUGCAUCGGCAGAAGAAACAAUACCGGAAAUGGAAGGUCACUAGUCGCGCAAACUCUCGAAAAAGCUCACCAUGCAACACCUCUGCGAAAAGAACGCAGUCUUUGACAGCCCGCAUCCCAAAGAACCAUGAUUUGCGUGGCUCGUCCCUUUCCAGCUUGCCAUAUCGUGAAACACGCCAAACAUCAUUCCUCGCUCGUGUUGGCUUGAGUAGUGGUGCUCGAGAAGUGAGAGCCGGCAAUGUCGGCGACACUUCUGUUGCGAAUGCCUCGAAAAAUGCGAGCAACACCGAGAAGAACCUUCCUGCAUUUCUUGCUGUCUCAUUUUCGCUUUACACAGUCCGACCUGCGCCUAGUUCAUCCGCCGAGAAAGCACCAAAGUAUGCUUUCAGAUUUCGAAUCACUCGGACUGAUCUCCCUCAACAACCUUCUCCGCAUUUCCCCACUGAAUUCGAACACAUCAAUUGCUACCCGAUCAUCGAUGACUUGCUAUUCCACAUUUGCUUCAUCAUCCCUGCGCUAGUUGUACUGUUGCCUCUCAGUUUCAUCUUCGCUGCAACACACCCAUUGGCGAACACCCGGGCCGGCGUUGUAAUGCUCUACCUUGCCAGAGCUUUACUGUAUCUACUGAUGAACACCAUCAGUUUUGUGUUGUCCAAAUGUGGAGUGUCUUGCGGCUGUCAGUAG